AUGGAUAGUACAAAUGUUAGAAUGCCUUUCUUAGAUCCUUCACAAGAUCAUAUAUCUCCUUUCUAUUUGCAUCCUUCGGAUAACCCUGGUAUGAAACUUGUUUCUGAAAAGUUUAAUGGCAUUGGUUAUGGUGAUUGGAAAAGAUCUAUGUUGAUUAGUUUGUCAGCUAAGAACAAACUAGGUUUUGUUGAUGGUUCAAUUGAGAAACCUACUGAUUCUAACUUCUUGAGAGCUUGGGAACGAUGUAAUAGCAUGAUCAUAUCCUGGAUAUUAGGAGUAUUAGAUCACAAUUUGGCUAGAAGUGUUCUGUAUUUUGGUACAGCAAGAGAAAUUUGGGUAAACCUUGAGGAGAGAUAUGGUGCUUCUUCUGGCACUGUACUCUAUGCUCUUGAACAAGCAAUUAAUGAACUAGAACAAGGUGUUGAUGGUAUUUCUACUUUUUACACCAAAAUCAAGAGAUUAUGGGAUCAAUUAGACGAUGUGGAUCCUCUUCCAAUAUGUCAAUGUACAAACUGCAAUUGCAACAUUGUUCAGAAGAUGCUCAAAUCUCAACAGGACAAAAGACUUGUUCAAUUCUUGAUGAAGCACAAUGAUGGUUUUGAAGUAGUAUGA